UUUUUCUCUUUUUAGGGUUUUUAGAUUAUGGAAUUAUGCAUCUGGGUUGAUUUAUAAAUUUGGUUAGAGUUUGUUUAGGUUGAUUUUAGUUUCCUCUUUAAGAUUUUAGAGAUUAUAGUUAUGCUAAUCACUUCAGUGGGUAAUUGAAAUAUAUAGUGUUAUUGGGUAAUUUAUGAGCUUUGUGGGUUGUGGAUUGUUGAAGAUAGAGUUUUGUAAUGUCAUGGAUUUGUUAGUUGUGUAAAUUUGAUGUUUUUUGUUUUUGGUGGAGAGCAGAGUUGGAGUGGAUAGGUGGUGGUGUUGAUUUUAGCAAUUUCUUAAGUAUUCUUAAGAAUUUGUUUUGUUUGAAGUGUUAUCGCAAUGCCUUCUACCGAUCAUCAGGGUUCUUCGUUGCCCUUUCAUUCAUUUGGUCGUUCAUUUUGGAGUGGCAGGCGUGAACAGGUUCAUUCAAUAGAAGGGAAUAAUGAGCCUAAUGCCCAUGAUUUGGGGCUCGAAUCCUUCUACAAACAGGAGGAAUUCAGGGCUAUUUUGUUGAAAAACAAAGCUUUGUUGUCGAAAGCGCCUUUGGAUCGAGUAGUUGCUGACUUCUUUGAAAGGAGUUUGAAGGCACUUGACAUAUUUAAUGCAACUCGUGAUGGGAUUGAGAAGAUCCGUUUGUGGCAAAAGCAUUUAGAGAUUGUACUGUGUGCCCUUGGUUCUAGUCAGAGGGUGAUUGGUGGAGGCCAGAUUCGCAGAGCUAGAAAAGCUCUGAUGGAUUUGGCACUUGCAAUGCUAGAUGAAAAGGAUUCAGGGUCAGUUUUUUCGCACAGAAACCGGUCGUUUGGGCGUCAUAAUACCAGUAAGGAUAAUCAUCAUCGCCCACCUGGCCACUCUCGUUCUCUCUCAUGGAGUGUUUCACGAUCUUGGUCUGCUGCUAAGCAACUCCAAUCAAUUGCUAACAAUUUGUUGCCACCUCGAGCAAAUGAUAUUGCAGCUACAAAUGGGCUUAUUGUCCCCUUUUUUGCAAUGAGUUCUAUACUCAUGUUUGUAUUGUGGACUUUGGUUUCUGCAAUCCCUUGUCAGGAUAGAGGCAUGAAUGUUAAUUUUUCAAUCCCACGGCAAUUCUCAUGGGGUGCUCCGCUUCUCGUACUUCAUGAGCGUAUAAUGGAGGAAUCAAAGAAGCGAGAGCGAAGGAAUUCUAAUGGGUUGUUAAAGGAAAUCCAUCAGAUUGACCAAUAUGCUCGUCAAAUUACAGAUUUGGUGGAUUCGCCUCAGUUUCCACUUCCAGAGGAGCAGAAAAUUGAGGUUGAACAGGGGAUUACGGAGUUAGCAUCGGUUUUUGAAGCUAUUAAGAGUGGAUUGGAUCCGCUGGAACGCCAAUUGAGGGAAGUAUUCCGUAAGAUCAUGAAUAUGCGAUCAGAGGGUCUUGAUCUCCUAGGGAGGGGAAGUGAGUAAAUUUGAGAUGGUAAUCUGCUAGUGAGCAUCAAAUGUACAAAUUCGCGAAAAUGUUAUUAUAGACUAUGCAAGCCAUUUGCGAGGAGGAAGAAUGACUUCAGAUGGUGUGCAACAAUAAACUUGAGUAGGUAGCUUUCUUGUAUUUAUUUAUGUAUUUUCUGUAAAGAACAUAGUAUCUAUAUUCUUCUUUCUAUUGUAAGGUGCUGAUUACUGGUUUGGUUUGAUAUCAUUUUGUAUCUGAUAA